AUGCACUUGCACAUGGAUCCCCGCGGAGCACAAUCAGCCCCGCACAGCGCGUCGUCGCUCGCGGCCGGGGCUGUGGAAGCCGAGCUGCCAGCUGCUCCGGCGUGCCUGGACGAGGGCGUUGACUCUUUGGAAGACGUUGAAGACGAGCUCUAUCGUUCCAUCAACCUCGAGCAAUACACCAACGACAAUGGUUUCGAUGACAUCUUCCCCAGCAUCGACUCGCAGUUGGAUGCUGGCAUUGGCCCCGUGGCUGAAGCGAAUGAAGAGGCAUCCGAGCCAGAGAGCGCUGCCGCAGAGCCGGCCGGCGCCGACGACUUUGAAGCCGGCCAUGGAAUUCAAGCACCCGCCAUCCAGGGAACCGCCAUAGCCCAAACCCCCGGAUUCGAGCUGCUGCAGUCUUUUGCUGCCGUCGACCCCCUUGCCGCAUCGUCUCAUACUGAUAACCCAGACCCCCCCCAAUUGGAUGCUAAUCAAGACGCGGUAUCUUCUUUCAAUGCGCCACAAGUCAGGACCAAACUCCAUCAUGGCGUGGCUGGCCAGGCGGUGCCCCCGAGCAACAGCGGCAAAAGGGGCCACGUGCAGCCGCAGCAGGGCGCCGCCUACCACGGCCAAGGUUGGCGCGGUAACCCUCCUACGACUCUGCAUCCGCACACCCAGACGAGUGGUUCGCAAACCCUCAUAAACGCGUCCAGAGCUUUUCGUCUGUCCCCGACUUCCACCAGUUUCCCGGCCAGCAACACGGCGCACCAGCAGCUCCAGCAACUCCAGCAGCUCCAGCAGCUCCAGCAGCUCCAGCAGCAGCCGGUAGCGGGCUAUACCAACGUCCAUUUCCAGUCUCAGCCCCGGCAUCACCAGAGCCAGGGCAACCAGCGGCGGCAGCAGCAAGCCUGCCAGCCCAGCAUGAGAAACGGCUUAUAUGGGACGGCAGCCUCUGUCGCCCAGGCAAACAUGGCCGGGACUCGAGGCUACCAAAUCCAGCCCUCGCUAGGGCAGCAGCUUCAUCAGACUCAAGCCUACAACGCUUCCACCCUGGGUCUUAACUAUCAGGCGUCGCCAAUGUACAACGCAAGCAAUGGCCCCUUGAACGGCUACAUUGCCAAGCCCGACUACUUUGCUCCUGACUCACGGUCCGUCUCUGGCUUUGGCACGACCCUUCCGUACGGCCAAUACCCAUAUACGGGAACGCGCAGCCACGCGAGCGCUCCAUCCAGAGGAUCAACUCUGGCUUCUUUACUUGAUGAUCAGACUUCAGAGUAUUCGCUGCCCCGUGCACACUAUCCAACCCCCGAGAUUGCCGCUCAGGAAAUCCCCCCUUACGGGAACGUGAGGACGAGCUCAAGCUUCCUGGGCCAGCCCAAAGCGACAGGCCUGGCAGGAGCUCAGGGCAACAAGAGGGCGGCUCCCCACGACAACUCGGGAGGCAAUGCCCAAGAAAACGGGCCAGAGGAGCCAAGCGGGGGCGGACAGGGAUAUCCAGGCGAGAACCAGGGGGGAGAGACUGCUGGCAGCCACGAUUUCAACGGCCGGCACUCUCUCCCCGCGACCAUCCCGACGGCCUCUCCUGCAGGCGUCAAGGCGCCGCAUGCAAAACUAGCCGUGCCUCAGAGCCUGUCGCCGCCCAAAGGCCAACUGAACUCUCCCGUGACCUGGCUAUCAAUUGAAGGAGAAAUGGUAAUGCCGGAUUGGGCGAGGCACGGCAGGGUCUCGUCGGACCGAAGGAAGGUGAAGAGGAACGACAAGGAAAGCGAUCCAAAAUACUUCUAUCACACCCUCAAGAUGCCGCCUCUGGAGUUUGGACCUUCAACGGCAGGUGGAUGCCAUCGGUACACGUACACGUCUGGUGUUCAGCUCGUCGAGGGCCGAGCGUUCAGCAAGGAAGAGAUUGCCGGGUUUAUCUCUGGGAGGCCUGGUGGUGAACCUUGCAGGCUUCGGGUUCAGGGGACGCCGUCGCAAAUCGCCAGGCGCCUGGAGAAGGACGACCGCCGGUGUCGAUGGGAUUGCUGCCCCAUGGAGUCGCGCACGAUUGGCCCGGGGUGGUACCGCGUCGCCUUUGACGAGUUUCCAGACUGGACCAGCGACGGGACGCUGGACCCCUACAAGAUGGCGGGCAUGAUGCACCUGUGGUGCUUUGAGCAGUGCUUCGAUAUGGUCAAGCUUUUCGACGAGAACCGGCUCGAGGGCGAAAAUCGAAGCUUUCCCAAGGAGGAAAAAAAUACAACGGCUCUGACGCGAGACACGGACCGCGAAAUCAUCCACAAAGCAUACCUGCCAUGGUUCCGGGAGCGCAAGGCAAAGGAAGGGACAAGGCCCGACAACGGCCCUUGGAAGCCCCGAGAUCACGUUGACUCCUUGUCGUAUAUACUCACCCGGCACCACUUGGAUCACCAGACACCAGCGCGGCAAACAUCACGCGUGAAGCGCAACUUACAUAAGAGAAAGGACGAUAUGACGACGAUUGAUUGUCACAUGGGAGACUUGUCCAAGUAUGCGGAGGCGAUGAAAAAUGUCAAGGAGGCGAAGAGGGAGAGGAAGAGGGAGGAAUUCCGUCAACUAUCUACUGCCGAGGAUGCGUUGCUGUCAGAGAACGACGACCCCGAGCAGGAAAUGGGGGCUGGCGGCGAGACAAGCUCGAGAGGCCGAGGCGCGCGGCGGACGGGACGAGGUGUCGCUGGAGGCGGGAUGGAGACAGUACACGAAGAGGGGGAAUACGAUCUUGUCGGGCUGGGGACGGUAAAUGGAGGCGCUGACCAAGCCAUGGCGUACGCGGACGGGUUCAAUCCGCUGGCCCACUUUGUCGAGGAACAGGUGCCCAGCCUGAUGCAAACCAGGGCGCACGGCGCGGCAAGCAGUGGACGGUAUCCCAAACGGAAUCGGGGCACCUCCGACGAAGGCCGUGGCGACGAGCAGAUGAUGGAGGCGCAGCGUCUCAACGCGAAGCGCAAGCGAGACGAGCACCAGGUGGAAGAGGCCCAAGGACGAAGCUCGAAGCGGGGCCGUACGGUCCAGCAGCAGCAGGUCCAGCAGCAGCAAGUCCAGCACCAGCAGGUCCAGCACCAGCAGGUCCAGCAGCGGCAGGCCCAGCAGCAGCAGGCCCAGCAGCAGCAGCAGCAGCAGCAGCACCAGCAACGGCACGCACAAGGCCACGACGAGGGCCCGCAGGACAACGACAUGCCGGGUGACGACGCUGACGGCGACGUGCCACGACCGCAGGGGGAGCAGUUGGGCAGCGAAGUGGACGGAGAGUUUUGGGGUAUCGCGGGCGCGGGCGCGGGCGCGGGCGACUUGGGCUCGUUUGACGGAGGGCCCGACUUUGCCGACUUUUGGAACGAGGGAGGGUUCAAGUGA